CUAAUUAGCCGCUUUAGAUCCUUCUUCCUGAAUUUAUCUAAAUUUUAUCAGCGCAACUUUCAAUAAUAAUCCACGAAUGCUUGCUCAAUCUACUCGCAGAAAAAUGUUAUCUUCGUGUGUGAAAAGUUCUCCGGGUUGGCUUCUGUUCGCGUUAUUAACAUCUGUGGAUGUUAGCGAGAGCAUCGUCAUCAAAACACAGAAUGGUUUGAUCAGGGGUAAGACAGGAUAUACAGUAGAUAGAAACAGAACGUACUACGCCUUCCAAGGAAUUCCUUAUGCCAAACCUCCUGUUGGAAAUUUGCGUUUUCAGUCUCCACAGCCUGUUGAAUAUUGGGAUGGCGUUUUGACCACCGACACUGAUGCACCUCGAUGCGUCCAGACAAACAAAGAACAGAUUCUGGGAAAAGAAGACUGUUUAUACCUCAACGUGUACACACCACAGCUGCCAGAUAUAACCAAACCCCUCUUGCCUGUGAUGGUUUGGAUAUAUGGGGGAGGUUUUGAAGCUGGAACAUCAGAAUAUAACGACACUGCCCCAGAUUACCUCUUGGAUCAAGAUGUUAUAUUCGUGUCGUUCAAUUAUAGGCUGGGAAUUUUCGGUUUUCUAAGCCUAGGUGAUACCACAGUACCCGGUAAUAAUGGAUUGAAAGAUCAAAAUUUGGCAUUGCUCUGGAUCAAGCAGAACAUCAUCAAUUUCGGUGGUGAUAUGGAUCAGAUAACACUCUUCGGACAAAGUGCUGGAUCCGCUUCUGUUUCCUAUCAUUUACUGGCUCCACAUUCCAGAGGUCUUUUCAAUAAGGUGAUCAUGCAGUCUGGAACUUCGUUCUGCCUUUGGGCAUUCUCAAGAUCGGGACCUGAAGUUGCCAAGGACUUGGCGAAGGAUCUCAACAUCAGCACAAACUCAUCUUGGGACAUUUUAUCUGGCUUGAGGAACGUUGAAGCGUACCACCUACAGAAAAAAGCCAAAGACGCUCAGAAUGCCAAAUAUCUCAAAUCUGACCCGAAAGACGGUUUUAUUUUCGCUCCAGUAAUUGAACCGGAUCACCCUGAUGCCUUUUUGAAUAAUAGAAGUUACGAACUGAUGCAGACUGGGAAUUACUUCAAGGUAACUGCCCUGUUAGGUUACAAUUCUUUAGAAGGAUGGACGCAAGUAUCAAGUCUUUUCAGAGUUUAUUUGGUAAAAUUCGACUUGACACCCUCCUAUUUGGUACCCAUUGACAUGAAUAUAGUCGAUCCAGAUGUGAAAAAUUCCGUUGGUAAAAAAAUUAAAUACCAAUACUUCGGAUUGAUGCCAGUCUCCCUGUCCACAAAAGAUUUGAUGUUGUAUAUUAGCGACGAUCAGUUUGUCCGACCAAUUCAAAAGUUUGCAAAGUUGUUGGCACAACACUCGCCAACAUAUCUCUAUAAAUUUCACUAUCAGGGAAGUCUUGGGGGAGUUUCUAAUAGAACAUCUACAGGUGUAGCCCAUGCUGAAGAGCUGGGUUAUCUUUUCAGGAGAGAUAACAUUAAAGCAACUGCUAGUGAUGAACUUACUAGAUCCAGAAUGAUCAAACUUUGGACUAAUUUCGCAAAAUACGGAGAUCCAACUCCUGAGAAUGACCAACUGUUGCAGAAUCAAAGAUGGCCGCCUAUCUACCCAAAUUCUACAAUAAAUUCAUUUAACAUCGAUGGGAACUUGUCAUUGACGAGCAACCCUGAUGAAAAUGCUGUGAUGUUCUGGGAUAAAUUAUAUGCUAAAUAUGGACACCCACCAUAUGAUACAUACUGAUAUCUGUUUGAAUAAAUUUGAAAAAAAAAACUUU